UAUCGGUCCAGCAGUCAGUCGUUGUCUGUUCGGCCAAUCGUCUCGUCGUCGUGUCCGUUCUCCCGUCGCGGUCUCAUCCGUUAAGUUAUCGACGUGUUUCGUAAUAAAUAAUAUCAUUUUUAUUAUUAUAAUAAGUAACGCAUACCGCCCCUGCCGGAUCGCAACGUUUAAUUAAAUCUGUACAUUUUUUAAAAAUUAUCAGCUGUAAAAAAAAUAACCGUGAUAAUAUUGUGUUCGGUUCGUCAUUCGGUUAUUGGACGCAGUGAAAUCGGAUUUUUGAAAAGUUUUGUCUUCGACGAACCGUGAUCGUGAUCACUUGCGAAAAUCAUGACCGUUUCCUGCGGAUUGCUGGCUCGCGCAGCCGUCGCUCUGUCUCCGGUUCUGUUGCUUCUGCUGCUGUUCCGCGGAACGAGUGCGGCAGCGGUGCAAGACUUGGUGUUUGCCGACGAGGACUUGAUGAAAGCUUCGCCACUCACGGUGGCCCAAUGCCGAGCCGGAUGCUUGCACAAGUUGGUGCCCAGAGAUGUCGAAGCCACAGAAUGUGAGAAGAAAUCGGACUGCUGGAAGUGUUGGAAAUAUUGCGAAGUACUGCAGACCGAAGGCAAGAACAUGAAGAACAUUUGCGAACAUAACUGUGACGUGGGUUGCCAGGAAGCCUGUUCGUUCCACGACUGGCACGGUGGAUCACAACACAGCCCCGUGGUGGAGGCGCGAGGCGAACGGGCGCUGACCAUCGAGUCGGGCACGCUGCGUUGGCCGCGGCCAUCCGACUUGCUCUCGCCAUCCGCGCAACGUCUCGUGUACGUGAUAAUGCGGCGCCGAGACCCGGGAACCAGGCGCUCGUGGUCCCAAUUGGGCCAGACGCCCGGUUACAAGGCGCGUCUGCCCAAAACAACGGCACCGUGGACAGUCCGCGUGCUCGCAGUCUCAGCAGAGGGUUUGGUGACCAUAUUCAGCCCGGCGCCGGUCACCGCCACGUCCGUCCUACGGGUUCCGGUUGAAUCUGUUGCCGCUAGAGGUGCCGCGGCCGACGCCUCUCCGUCGCAGGAGCUCGCAGCCACCCAGCCACCCACACUGUCGUCCCCGGCGGCUACCCCUGUUUUACAUGACCUCCGCGACGCCGACAUCAUCAUUAGGAGCCUAGGCCGCGAUCAGAUACUCGGCAUCCGGUUACCGUUGGCCGCCAAGUCGGCGCCCCAAGAAGAGUCUCUCCGCCUCAUGGGCGAUGACAAUCCAUCGGACUCAUCGGAAGUGUGGAACCUGCGCGAAGUGUCGAUGAUUCAUCAGAAAGUGUUGGUGAUCGCCGAGGUGGCGUGGGACGCCCGCCAAGUCCAUCGUCCUGCCUACUUAGUCACGUGGGAGAUCGACGGCGGUGGCCUGAAGGGCAACUUGUUCACAGACACUACGUGCGUCACGCUGUCCCUGUGGCCGGAUACCGCAUAUCUCAUACAGGUGUCUCUACUAGGCGGAGCCGAUGAGUCUGUGAAAAUGUCCACCAGCCCGACGCUGCUGUUGGACACCAGGAGCGCUGUGCACUCGACUGCCGCCGCGGCGGAAGUCACGACAGCGGUGGCGGCAGCGGAGGUGCCCGCUCCAGACCGUUGGAGCGACGACGGUGGUUCAGACGAAGACGAAGAUGCGGCUGCGGAGGCGGAAGCGAUGGCGGCGGCAGGUGUGCUGGACACGGUGUCCGCCGCGGCCGCAGAAGAGGACGUGACGGCCGAGCUAUCUGCACCCGUGGCCGUGGCCGCCGGGCUUGGGCACACCGAGUGGCAGCUGCUGGCCGCAGCCGGAGCUGGCGUGGCCGUGUUCAUGCUGCUGGCCCUCGUCCUGGCCUACCGUAGCACUGGCGGCGCAUCACCCGCACUCCACAAAGUGGUUCGGCAUGAAGACGCCGAGUGCCCGCCAUUGUUGGACUACGCGCCUCGACCGCUGGACUUUGCCAAAUAUUUGGGCCGUUGUCGGAGGUCCCAUCAACUGCUUGACGAGGACGCCACACAACAGCAAGAACAGCAAACCAUUACGCACGUCCGACAUUAAAAUAUUAUGAUUAAUUAUUAAGGUAUAAUAUUAUUAUAUUAUAACAUUAUUGGGUGUCGUGCGUAUAGUCUUUAUACGCCACGGCCGUUGUUGUCCCGGCGCGGCCGAUAUAUAUUUAUGAUAUAGAUGUUAUACCGUUUCGUUUCACCGGAGUCCUAACCAAUGUUUUUGUCCCUUUAAUCUAUUUUGUUUUGUAUAAAUAUUUGUGUUGUAUAUAUAUAUAUAUAUAUUUAUAUAUAAUAUAUGAAAAUCUCGUUGUACAUUUUAUCCUAUAAUUACGUGGUGUACAUAUGAUGACUAUAAUAAUAUUAUUUAUCAUCACGACGCGUAAAACCCAUACAAUUAUUAAAAUAAUAUAAUAAUAAUAAAUUGUAAAAAAAAAAAAAAAAAAUUAAAACAGAAAGGAAACUAUCAAAGUUAAAAUAAAUCAAAUUCGUGUGUUUUUAUUCAGUAUACGACGUCGUGUUAUACUGCAUGUUAUCUAGUCAUGUGAAUAUAAUAUAUAUUAUAAUAAUACGUUACACUUUAAUAAAAAUAAGAAUUAUUAUGUCAACUCACAAUUGAAUCGCUUCUCGAUGUUUAAUAGUACAAUAAUGAUUUUUAUUUGAUAUCGAGCUUUACAUUUUUGGUGAAUAUGUUUGGAUGUAAUUUUACAAUUUCCAUUAUCCAUUCCGAAAACGAAAGUUAAAUUUAUUUCACGUGAAAUUGUAAGAACAUUGUGAACUUUUUUUUCAUCAUUUUUAUUUUUUAUUUUGCUCUUAGUUAUAUUAUUAUAUGUGCUAAUUUUUAUUGUCACCGAUGUUUAACGAUAAAACGCUUUUUUAUUUUAAAAUAUACGUUGUUUGACUUAAAAUAUCAUGAU